ACAUCCUAAAAAAUCAUUUCAUUUCCCAACAAAAAUAGCAAAUGGCUUCCAUAGCUGGUGUUAGUCUCACAACCCCAAGAAUCUUAUCCAAAUCAUCCGAAACUCAAUCCUUCAAAUACCCAACACUUAACAACCCAUGGAAGAACUCAUCAUCAGCUCAAUUUGGAUACCGCAAGAUGUAUGUAGUACGUGCGACACCUGACAACAAGCUAUCUGAUUUAGUGGCGGAAAGUGUAAAAGAAGCACAAGAAGCGUGUGCUGAGAAUCCAGUGAGCGGUGAGUGUGUAGCUGCAUGGGAUGUUGUGGAAGAGACAAGUGCAGCAGCAAGCCAUGCAAGGGAUAAGAAGAAGGAUAAUUCUGAUCCAUUGGAGAAUUACUGCAAGGAUAAUCCUGAGACUGAUGAGUGCCGUACUUAUGAUAAUUGAUUAUGUGUUGUGCUUUUCUAAUGGUAAUUUGAUACUUGUGUUUUAAAAACACUGUGUUAUCUUGGAUGAAUAUUAAUUCUUGAACAUUGCUAAAGUUAAUCUUAUCUUAUGUAUGGUGUAUUGACAUAGUUUGAAUCGGUACGAAUUAAAAAAAAUUGCAAAACUUGUCGUUUAAAACAUGAUGAAGAAUUUGUUUAGCAGGAGUAGGAACCGAGGCAAUUAAGAAAUUGCAGCCUUCCAUAUAAGAACUGGCCAAUCCAUGAGUAUACCAUAAAGUUACACAGGUUGUUCCGGGAUUUGGUAUCAGAUCAAUGAUCUCUAUGAGAUAAAUAUUCCGAUCUUUCUUCUUAGAACUUACUGAUUUAUGAUAAUCCUGAGACUGAUGAGUGCUGCACUUA